AUGGCGAUGGCGGCGUCGUGGUGGGCGCUGCUGGCGGCGGCGGCGGUUGUGGCGGCGGCGGGGUGCGGCGAGGCGGCGCCCACGGCGGCGGCGGAGGCGGCGCACGACGUGCUGCAGACCCACGGCCUUCCGCGCGGGCUGCUCCCUGCGGGGAUCGCGGCGUUCUCGCACGACCCGGCCACCGGCCGGUUCGAAGCGGUCCUGGAGUCCCCCUGCACGUCGCGCACCGAGGUCGGCCUGCGGUACAACAUCACCGUGGCGGGGCAGAUCAGCUAUGGCCGGAUCGCCGAGCUCUCCGGGGUGGACGCUCAGGACCUAUUCCUCUGGUUCGCCGUGCGCAGCAUCCGCGUGGACGUGCCCUCCUCCGGCGUCAUCUACUUCGAUGUGGGCGUGGUCUACAAGCACUUCCCGCUGUCGUUCUUCGAGGCGCCGCCGCCGUGCGUGCCCACCCCGCUCAUCCUCCUGCAACCACAUCAGGUAAUUAGGGGCGACGGAUCGGUGGUGGAAGACGGCGCCGCGUUGCAACAAUGA